AUGCAGUACGUGGAGUUGGAGGAUGUGGGUGGUCGUCUGUCUGCGGGGUCACACUGGAAGAUGCGCAACGCAAAGGACGAAUUGAUGAGUCCUAUUAACGGUUCAAACUUCUACACCGCCAUCACCAUCGCGGCGAUGGAGGACACGGGCUGCUACAAAGGCAACUACAGUAAUGCUGAAAACAUGGUAUGGGGUAAGAAUGCCGGUUGCGUGCUGUUUGAUAAGAAGUGCGUUAUUGACGGUGUGCCACAGGUGCCGGAGAUGUUUUGCGUUGUUAAUACUACUUACAAGAGUGAAUUCAUGUGCGCAUCAGACCGGAUGGGCAUCGGACGCUGUUUGAUAAUAAAAAAAUUAGUUUGCCAACAUAUUUCCAGUACUUCUCCGAUCCAAAAAUCGCUGGUAUUGAGGAUUCGAUGGAUUACUGCCCAUUCAUAUUAUCAUUUUUUAACACUAUGUGCCUAA